AUGGCACAUCCACAAAGACGUCCAAAGCCAGCGCAUCAUGGCCCCCAUUUUGAGAAAGCUCUCCUCCAGGGUAAAGCCCUUGGACCUCUGAAAACAACCGGCGUCGAGCCAUACGAACGCAAUCCCGAGGAUUUCACUGAGCGCAUGCAAAAGGAACACCACAAUAACAAGGUCCUGUCUGAUACCCACAAUUCUGCCGACAAAGUGUCAUUCCGUGAGGUAAGGUCUUUGAAAUUCGAGAGAGACAGUGCUGUGCAGCAAGCGGAGGCCAUCCUGGCUGGCAUAAGAGCUACUGCAGCUAUACGGGAUGCAGCCAACAGGGCUAGACAAGCCCGCUCAUGCUUCGAUCAGAAAUACCCGCAGGCGCAAAAGACGCUGAAAGACGUCGAAAAUCACGAAAAGGAGGCCACGAAUAAAAUAAACAAGGCGCGGACUUUCCGGAAGCACUGUGAGAGUCUCCAGAGGAAAUACGAGUUGUAG